AUGUUUGAUGACGGCAGAACACGAAUAGCAGACCAACAAGAGAGGGUGUGGUUGCAGCAGACGAAUAGCAGACCAGCAAGGAAGGGUGUGGUGCAGCAGACGAAUAGCAGACCAGCAAGGAAGGGUGUGGUGCAGACGAAAAGCAGACCAGCAAGGAAGGGUGUGGUGCAGCAAACAAAUUGCAGACCACUUAGGAAGAGUGUGAUACAGCAGACAAAUAGCAGACCAGCAAGGAAGGGUGUGGUGCAGCAGACAAAUAGCAGACAAGCAAGGAAGGGUGUGGUGCACCAGACGAAUAGCAGACCAGCAAGGAAGAUUAUGGUGCUUCAGACAAAUAGUAGACCAGCAAGGAAGUGUGUGGUGCAGCAGAUGAAAAGCAGACCAGAAAGGAAGGGUGUGGUGCAGCAGACGAAUAGCAGACUAGCAAGGAAGGGUGUGGUGCAGCAGACGAAUAGCAGACCAGCAAGGAAGGGUGUGGUGCAGCAGACGGAUAGCAGACCAGCAAGGAAGGGUUUGGGUCAGAAGACGAAUAGCAGACCAGCAAGGAAGGGUGUGGUGCAGCAGACGAAUAGCAGACCAGCAAGGAAGGGUGUGGUGCAGCAGACGAAUAGCAGACCAGCAAGGAAGGGUGUGGGUCAGCAGACGAAUAGCAGACCAGCAAGAAAGGGUGUAAUUUGA